CGAUCAUGCUGCUGAGGAACCUAAUUCAGAUCACCUAAAAUAGGGCAGAAAACGCCACACAAGAAAGUUGCCUGCUUCAGUCACUUCAUGAAAAUAAGUCUUGGCCCUCCAGUAACAGUUGAAAUGGAUCAAUGGGAGGCCCCAACUUCUUUAGGACCCACAGAAGCCAAAGAGAACGCCUCAUCACCGAUAUUUAACAGUUCUUGUGAGAAACUGGAAUUCUACAUGGUUCUCACCAAGGCCGAGGAGACAGCCAUCGGCUCCAUCUGUUUCCUGGCAGGUCCUAUCACACUGCUGGAAAACGCUCUUGUGUUGGGAGUGAUCGCCUCAACAGCCUCCCUGCGACAGCGGCCUUCGUAUCUGUUCAUUGCCAGCCUUGCUUUGGCGGAUGUCUUCGCCAGCUGCUUCUUCACCACCAGCUUCCUGGACUUUCAUCUCUUUCGCCGUUGUGACGGCCCCACAGCCUACCUCUUCAAAUUAGGUGGUGUCACCAUGGCCUUUACUUGCUCGGUGGGGAGUCUGCUGCUGACCGCUCUGGACCGCUACCUUUGCAUCCAGCAGGCCUCCAGCUAUAAGGUGCUGCUGACUCGCCGGCGAGCCGUGCUGAGUCUGCUGAUCCUCUGGAGUGCCACCAUUUUCAUCUCCUUCUUGCCGCUGAUUGGCUGGAGGUGUCCCACACAGUUUGAACCACGCUGCUCACACCUGUUUCCCUACGUCAGCCGGGGCUAUCUGGCUUGCUGGACCAGCUUCACACUAGUGCUUCUGGCUCUCAUUCUGUGUGCUUAUGCUCUCAUCCUGUGGAAGGCCCACCGCCAUGAGUCCUCUAUGACCAGCCUUCAGGGAGGAGCAGGGACAGGCCAUGCCCACAUGAGGAUGGAUAUUCGGCUAGCACGUACCUUUGGCCUGAUCCUACUCAUAAUGGUGGGCUGCUGGCUUCCUGCACUCUCCUUCAUGUUAGCUGAUGUCUCUGUGCUCCUGACUCCCGCCCAACAGAGAGCGUUCGCCUUUUGCAGCACCCUCUGCCUGGUCAACUCUGCAGUCAACCCACUGCUAUAUGCGCUGCGCUGUCGAGAGCUAAGAGUCGCUCUACUGCAGUUGCUUCAAAGGCUGUGUGAGAUUCGAAAAUGUAGAAAAUGUAGAGAGGCUUUAACCCCAGGAUUGCCCUCCACAGAAGAAAACAACUGUACUGCCAUCUCUGAGGAUGAGACGCCCAGCACCAGGACUACACAACCUAACUCAGUCCCAGAGAUGAUGAACAAUCCACAGCCGAACAUUAGAAAAUGAGUUAAAACUGAGGAGUGGUUGUACAGAUAGAUAGAAUAGACGUGUUUGACAUCGCAGAAGAUUAUCACUGUAGAUAAAGAAUCAAAUAUGAGCUGGAUUCAUUCCCAACAAAUUAUUAGUGAUCAUUUUUAUAUUUUUAUAUUGUUAGUAGGCCUUUAAGUGAUCCAAAUAAUUUCUGAAACAUGCUACAUAAUGUCUUUUACUUGCAGUUAUGAGGUACACUGGGAAGAAAGACAGCUCGUACGGAGAAACCAUUAACCUUUCCAAAUACAGUUAAAACCAUAGAUGGAAAUAAAGCGUAUCAUCUCUGGGCAUUGGUUCAGGUCAGACAAAAGGUUUAUUGUAUGUUGGACUGGAGUGAGAUGAUGUCAUGUGGCCAGCUAACCUUUGACUCCUUCAUCUCCAAUGUCAGUGCUUUAUUGCUCUAACUCCUUUGACAUACUGUGUCCUGUGAACUGAAGUGCUGACUUAACUGUUGGGUUCACCACGUGGUAGGAAGGUGGAUUUAUUGUUGGUAUGCUUGUUUUUUUUGUUGAGUAUUUGUCCCUGAGCGUGCAGGGACAGAGGACGCUGUGGGUCGCCUCUCCCAUCUGCACAUGAAUGCCAGGAUUCCACAAAAGCCCCAUGCACAGGAGGAUUUCACACAAUGUCCGCACAUGUGAAUCCAAGCAGUGUGCCGGGGUAAAUGGAGCACAUGCCAGGAGGAGAACGAGCACAAACCCUAGAACACUCUUUGCAAUUGUGACAACAGCUGCAGCAAAGCACAUACUGUAUGACAUUACACUUAAACUCACAGGUGCACAUACUACACCGAACACGUGUUUCAACCACUAUAUCAAAUGAUAAAAGAUGAUACUCGACCAUACUCUAUUUUGAUACAUAAAUCGUAAUCAUCUGUCAUCCUUAAUCAUUGUCAAGUGGCAACAAGUCAGCAGCCUUAUGUUUGCAAUGAUUUAUAAGUGACUGUCUUUGUAUCAAUCUCCUGGGUGGGUAUUUGCUGCCAGAGGUGACAAGCUGAAUACUGGGAGUCUGCCAAGCCAGAACAUCCAGAGGUGGGAGAAGUGGGAACAAAAUGAGUACACAGCAUUUUUAUACACACUGUUCACAGAGUGGAUGAUCACAGGUCAUAUACAUACAGUUUCUAGUUCAUCAUUGGAUCUACAAAGCUCUUCAUAAAAGUAAUGUCUUUUGUAAAAACAGUUUUAGAGAUGCGUGAUAAGAUGUGUUAUACGCCACAUUUGUAUUAUUGUGUAUAGGCCUACCCCAUGUACACAGUAUGAAUGAAGUUAUAGACCAAUUACAACACCUUUCAGUAUACAAUUCAAGAGAAUUUAAAAAUACAGUCUCCAACAUGAUCAAGAAUUUUGCAAUGUGUGGAUAUUAAUUUUGUAAACCCUAAUAACAAGACAUAACUAAAGAUAACAGUAGGAUAUACAUUUGUCCUUUGUAUAAAAAUGAAGAAUAUGAUUGCUCAUUGUCGUUUACAGCUUUUACAAAGAGAUGCUAAAAUGCUACUUUAAAUGAUAUUGCUGAUUUUUUCCUAACAUUUCCAUUUAACAUAAUUAAAGCUUAAAUAAAUACUGCAUCACAUUA